GGCGUACAGUUGUGCAGUUGUACUUUUUUCUUUACAUUUUAGUGUUUAUAGAUCACAGUUCUGUAUACAUGUAUGUUGCUCGCAUGAUUAUAAAAUAGACUGGUAAAUGGUGUUCACAAACUGAAAACUGUUGCACAUUUAUAAAUUGUUUCCUGAAUCGUCUUGAAAAUACAAAUGUUACUGAAAGCACAGUGAAGGACAUGCGUAUAGUGUGAAAAAAUUUUUCAUUCUUUUGAAUUUCAUUGUGUAUCGUAUGUUAAUAGAGCAUCUCCGUUCGAAUUAGUUGGUGGAGUAACAAUUGUACGAACCGGCAGAAGAAAAAAUCAGCGAAGAAUAUGAGUAGUACCUGUCAGUACAUUAUCGAUGGUUUGCUGCUUCGCUUUUCAGUUGGCACUUUGGAUAGCCAUCCGUGGGCCAUAAUCUCACCUUGCAUCCAGCGAAGCUGUGACUAAGUUGAAUCGCAUGGUUUUCACGGGCGAUACAAAACAAAACCCGUUAUGGAACAAACAUCGAGUGCCGAAUAGCAAUAUCCAGCGGUGAUCAUGAAUUACACUUUUGAAUAACUGCAUCUGUUACGCUCGCGACAAUCAUCAAUCACAAAGUCUCUCUUUUCGCUGCGGCUGAACGGGGCUUUAGUUUGACUGACUUGGGUACCGCGCGAGUGAAACACGACGAUAGGUACGUCGAGCGGCAAGCAACUACGACACUCGUGCUGACCUCACAGCAAUUGCGAUUUGGUUCGACGCUUGGUGGCAUUGAAACUCCCCCCUGUGAGAAGAAAGCAUGAAAAAUUGGUUGUGCGAAAAUUGACCAUGAAAUUUGUCGACAGACAAUAGUAAUUGGUAUACUACUGCUGGGAGCUUUCCGUAAUUUUCACUUGCUCUUUCGUUACCCCGUUGACAGCGGAAGUCAUUGUAUCUUGAUGAUACACCUCUAUAUAACUAGUCAAGGGCAUGUUCUGUGAAAUUGAAAAUUGUUUAGCAUAUUGUGAAAAUAAUAACACUUAUCUAAAUAGAGCGAGAAAGAGUCGGUUCCUAAAGUUUUAUUGCUUGCUGGUUAUGUUAUGUGUUAUUAUUUUUAUUUGAUGUUGUGAAUGAUUAACGUGUGAUUCAUGUAUUAAACCGUACCACUGGUGUCGUGUUCCUAUUAGUUUGAAGAAGUCCGCAGCGAGUUUGCCGAGAAGUGGAACGCGCUGCUGGAAACUGGUGGUGCAAGCGGCGGUUACAGCUUAAGCGAUCCGGAACAGCACGUGGGCAGCGAUAACGACGAUUGUGAAGUAGACAGUAUGACAAACUCACAGUUGUGGUUCCGCGGAGUACGUCCAUCCAAAUUCCGCCAUGUAUACGGCCUGCCAACGCGGAAGGAAUGUUGCUACACCGACAUCAGCGUGGUUCGGAGCGGCAACGAUGGAAAUUUCUGUGCUGUCAAUCCCACAUUCCUGGCAAUUGUCGCCGAUACCACAUUUGUGGUCAUUCCAAUCAACCAAACCGGACGUAUUGACUUUCAGUGCUGCAAGGUGAUAGGCCAUACUGGACAAAUACUAGAUCUCAAAUGGAAUCCCUUCGAUGAUAAUAUGAUUGCAUCGGCUUCGGAUGAUUGCACUAUCAAAGUAUGGAAAAUCCCAGAAGGUGGUUUAACAAGCAAUCUCAGCGAAUGCACAGUCGAUCUGGCGGGUCAUAAGCGUAAGGUUAUGCACAUCGAGUGGCAUCCGACUGCAUCUAACGUGUUAAUCAGUGCUGGGUUCGAUCAUCUGAUAUGUUUGUGGGAUAUCGGUAAUUCCGACAAACCACUACUUAACGUAAUUAGUUGUCACGUAGAUAUGAUCUACAGUUUGACUAUCAAUCGUGACGGAUCACUGAUUGCGACGACUUCCAAAGAUAAAAAAUUACGCAUCAUUGAGCCCCGCAGUGGAAUUGUAGUUUCGGAAGGUGUUUGUCAUAUGGGCACAAAGUGCUCGAAAGCGGUUUUCUUGGACAACAACCGCAUCUUGACGACUGGAUUUUCGCGACAUUCCGAUCGGCAGUAUGCUGUAUGGAAUCAACACGAUUUGAAGAAGCCACUAGCACAGGAGGUAAUCGAUAGCUCGAGUGGAGUGGUCACGCCAUAUUUUGACCACGACACCAAGAUGAUUUAUCUCGCUGGCAAAGGAGACGGAAACAUACGGUAUUAUGAGGUGGUCGAUGAAGCACCAUAUGUGUAUUAUUUAAACCAGUUUCUUUCGGGGCAACCACAGAAAGCUUUGGGUUUUAUGCCAAAACGAGGUGUAAAUGUGACUCAGUGUGAAGUUUUUCGAUUCUACAAAUUGCACGCUACAGGAAAUAUUUGCGAGCCAAUCUCAAUGAUUGUUCCUCGCAAAUCGACAUUGUUUCAGAGUGAUCUAUAUCCCGAUACCUUAGCUAAUAUACCAGCAAUCGCUGCUAAAGAAUGGUUCCAAGGGCGCAAUGUACAGCCGAUACUGAGGUCUAUGAAGACGGGCGAAUCAAUUGUGGAAGUGGUUACCCAGAAAAACCGUACAGAAAACAGAAACAGUAUAACUAUUCAACACCAAAAGCACAACGUUCUUAACAAUCAUCUUGGUAACCACAAUGGAACACACAAUAACACUACUAAUGGUACCACCGUGAAUGGUGGCAAUUAUACGAACGGCGGAAGCGUGGGCUCACAAGUCAACGGAAAGAGCAACAAGGAGAAUGAAAUCGAUAACAGGAAGCUGGAUAACAAUACAAAAAAAUUUGCAUUCCUAUCACAGCCAACCAUACCAGACUACAGACCGCAAACGAUAAUCGAGAAAAGCCAGAAAACGUCGACUAACCAAAGUACAAAGUUCCACCAGUUGCAGGCAAUUUUUGGACAGCAUCAGACGGCGAACCAUAAGGAUAUCACCAAUCUGCAGAAUAAUCUACUGAGUAAUUCGAGAAACAGUUCCCGCAACAGUUCGCUGGAAAAUAUCAACCUGCUGAACUCGGAGAAUGAGUUAAGAAAAGCAUUCAGCAAGCAAACAGAAGAAAUCAAAAGUCUCCGGAAAUCGCUAAACAAUUCAGAGAAACGUGUCCGCGAGCUAGAAACCGAGGUGAAGCGAUUGCAGCUGCAGCUGAAGCACUAGAUGGGAAUCUACCAGCAAAUUGUAUCAUUCCACUUUUUUCGAAAGCUAGUAAUUGUAAAUUUUUUAUUAUUGCUUUUUGUAGCAUCUUUAUACGAAGCAGGUAAUUCGUAUUGAAACAGCGCUCUUGUGGAAUAAAUCAUAAUAACCUAGAUUUAUGAUCUCCACUUGCAACGGAAAAAAGAGACGGUUAAAACCAUCAGCAAGCUUCUGUCAAAAAGCUUUAUAUAAAGACACUGAACUCGCACGCUCUCUGGAGGUGUUCCAUUUGUAUGCAAUCAGUUGCAUAAUGCACGAUUGAUGAAACCGACAAGACUUGAUAAUAAAUUCCAUUCAUCUGCCGUUGACCAAACGAAAACUCAAUCGAGUAAAUGCUUUCUAAUUGCUUUUUUACGCCUAAAACAGUUGAAAUAAUAAAUCAGAAAACCAAUAAGAAUAGUGUACUUGCAUAAAGUGGUUUUAACUUAAGCUUGCAUGUGACCCUAUAACGCAAGGUAAACAUGUGAUUUGUGAUUACUAAUGAAAUAUUCAAGGAAAAUUUAGUGAAAUAAACCGUCUAAUAUAAUGUAAGCUCAUAGUCUGUAAGCUAGAAAGUAAGCUUAGGACGACGCAUUGUAGUUGUAGUAUAUAAUACCCGUGUAGGACUGUAGGAUUGCAUUGCGAACCAAACACAACAUAGAACAGCAGUUCCGGAGGACAACACGAAAAAAAGUAACCACGAGAAGUUACCAAGUUUGACGAUGAUCGACAAGUUGCUUAUACUUAGAAUGGCUUUUAUUUGGUAAAAUAUUGCAAUAGAAAGGUUACCUAUUGUCGAAAAAGUAAAUACAUUUAUUCGGCGUAAUAAUGAUAAAAAAGCAGGGAAAAUGCCGUUCGUCGACAUUGGAUGUAAGCUAAUAAUUUUUCUACACAAUUAUAUUUGUUUGGCGUGAGAAAAAUAUAUGUGUUGACGUUUUCCGCUCCGUUCUGAUAUAAUCAGAAAUCAAAAGAGCUAUUCUUGUUUGGUUCUUCAUGAUAGUGUAGUUCAAAACGCAUUGUUUUGUAUCCAUCAUCUGAAUAUGGCUGUAACACUGAUCUUUUGUUGGGUUUGAACUUUUUUUUCUUCUCUGAAGCGAAUAGGCAACUGUUGUGUAUGUAUUAUCGUUCAAGUUUUUAUUUGAUUUUUUUAACCUCUAAUUAAUAUGUUUUAAAAAAUCGAAUUUAUGAUGGUUCUCGGAACUUGAAAAUUUUUACCAAUCUGAAUCCAUCGAAAGAAUGAUGAUUAAAUUAACUAGAUCAACAUUCCUUUGCUGUGCGUGUAUAUGUAGGAGAUGGUCAUAAAAUCUUGUGGAUAAUGACAGGCAUUUAAAUGAGUACGUAUUUGAACGAAAUAAACGAUUUUUGCACAAAGCAGAACUACAAUAGGGUACAUAUAUUUUACUAUAAAUAAUGCAUGAUUUUACCCGUCUAAAAUUCAAGACGUUUAAUGUUAUUUGACCAACCGAAAAAAAGCGAGGAUUCAACAAAACUCAAAUAUUGCGAAACGCGACAAAGAGGACAGGCUUAGAGUGUAGCAUCAUGCUGUAUGUGAAAGCUAUAAUCGAAAUGAAAUAUAAUUAAUAAUAAAGAGCAAUGUUCGAUGUGGCAAAGCAAGUAAGCGAGGUCUUCAUGAUGAA